AUGGGCAGCAAGAAGCAAGUAGAGGAAAAAGACAAGCAAGACCAAGAGAAACUCAAGGAAAAAAAGGAACAGCCACAAUCUUCAAAGGAGGAUAAGCAAAGUAUAGAGGAGCCUCUACAAGCUUCCAAGAAAGAGGAGAAGCCAUACACUCCCUCUAUUCUAUAUCCUCAAAGGUUCAACAGAGAGCUUAAAGACCAACAGUUCCCAAAGUUCCUAGAAGUUUUUAAGAAACUGGAGAUCAACAUUUCACUUGCUAAAGCUCUAGAACAAAUGCCUCUAUAUACACAAUUCUUCAAAGAGCUCAUCAAUAAGAAAAGGAGCUGGAAUAAGAAAAAAAUGGUAAUCUUGACCCAGGAAUGCAGUGCUGUCAUCCAAAGAGGUCUUCCACCAAAGCUAAAAGAUCCAAGAAGCUUCAUCAUAUCUUGCACUAUAGGCAACAGACCAUUGGACAAAGCCCUCUGUGAUCUAGGAGCCAGCAUCAACAUGACGCCUCUCUCAUUAAUGAAGCAGCUUGCAAUAGAGGAACUCAGGCCAACUAGAAUGUCACUUCAAAUGGCUGACAGAUCGCUCAAAAUACCUAAUAGAGUUGUGGAGAAUUUGUUAGUAAAAGUAGAAGAAUUCAUAUUUCCUGCAGACUUUGUCAUUUUAGACAUAGAGGAAGAAGGACACAACUUAAUCAUUUUGGGGAGGCCCUUUCUAGCCACUGCAAGGGCUAUAAUUGAUGUAGAGAAAGGUGAGAUAACACUCAGAGUGCAUGAUGAAAAGAUGAUUAUCAAUGUCUUUAAGCCAUGCAAUAUCCCAUGA